AUGCGGGAACUCUCGUUUCUGUCUCUUACACGCAAUCAAUUGGUAGGUAAUAUUCCAGCUUCGCUUGGCAACUUAUCCAAAUUGUCUGUCCUAACUUUGCCAGGUAAUCAAUUGUCGGGACAAGUACCAGCAACAUUAGGGAAACUUGCAGCUUUGACCGUGCUUGAAUUGUCAAGUAACAAUUUAGAGGGGAAUCUAGACUUCCUUUCGAGUCUUUCCCAGUGCAGGCAACUCUGGUUCCUCGGUAUACAUAAUAAUUCUUUCAGAGGAGUCCUCCAUGGCCAUGUGGGAAACCUCACUUCACGGUUGACCAUUUUUCGAGCAGGUUAUAACAAAUUAACAGGUGGAAUUCCUGCAGCAAUUUCAAACAUUAGCAGCCUUGAACUGAUAGAUCUUCGUGACAACCUAUUCACCGAGCCGAUUCCCGAUUCCAUCGCUAUGUUAGAGAAUCUUGUAGAUCUUGAUCUCUCACACAAUGACAUGUUAGGCCCUAUCCCAGCACAAAUGGGUAUGCUUCGGAGUCUAGGACAGUUACUCCUUGAAGCAAACAAAUUCUCAGGAUCCAUACCAAGCAGCUUUGAUAAUCUUAGUUUCUUACAAAACAUCGACUUGUCUAAUAACAAGUUGGGGUCAACGAUACCCCCAAGCCUUUUCCGCCUAAAUAAACUUAUCACAUUGGAUGUUUCUCACAAUUCCAUUGAUGGUGCACUACCAGAUGAUGUUUCUGGUCUAAGACAGAUUGAUCAAAUUGAUCUCUCUUCGAACUUCUUGGUAGGAAGCAUCCCAGAAUCAUUUGGACAACUUGAUAUGCUAACGUACGUAAAUCUAUCUCAUAACUCCUUCAAAGGCUCAAUUCCCGACCCACUGAGAAAACUAGGAAGCUUAGCAUCAUUAGACCUUUCAUUCAACAAUCUCUCUGGUAUCAUUCCCAUGUUCCUUGCCAACUUUACCUACUUGACUACCUUGAACCUCUCAUUCAAUAGGUUAGAAGGCCAAAUACCCAAGGGGGGUGUUUUCUCAAACAUCACCUUGCAAUCUUUGAUUGGGAAUGCUGGGCUAUGUGGUGCUCAACGCCUAGGAGUGCCGCCAUGCCUUGAUAGAUCUAGAUCAAGUAACAAACACUUGCUAAAAAUUCUACUUCCAACACUCAUAUUAGCCUCUAGUGCCAUUGUCAUUUGCUUGUAUCUAUGGUUCGGAAAAAAACUAAAGAAGGAGAAGAACAAUGCUUCUGUUGAUACAAGCAAUGUUCCGGGUCACGAGAUAAUCUCCUAUCAUGAGCUCAUUCGCGCCACCAAUAAUUUCAGUGAAGAUAACAUUUUGGGUUCCGGAAGCUUUGGGAAAGUCUUCAUGGGAAGACUGAGCAGUGGUUUGGUGGUUGCGAUAAAAGUUCUUGACAUGCAGCUCGAGCAGGCCAUUCGAAGUUUUGAUGUUGAGUGUCGAGUACUUCACAUGGCGCGGCACCGUAACCUGAUCAAGAUACUCAACGCGUGCUCUAACCUUGACUUUAGAGCACUGGUGCUUCAAUACAUGCCAAAUGGCAGCUUAGAGACACUCCUACACCGGUCUGAGGGUACACGACAUGUGGGGUUCCUAGAGAGACUGGACAUCAUGCUCGACGUGUCAAUGGCACUUGAGUAUCUGCACCAUGAUCACUAUGAGCUGAUCCUGCACUGUGACUUGAAGCCUAGCAAUGUGUUGUUUGAUGAGGAGAUGACUGCACAUGUGGCAGACUUCGGCAUUGCAAGGUGGCUUCUCGGUGAUGACACCUCUAUGAUAUGUACGAGCAUGCCCGAAACGGUUGGAUACAUGGCACCAGAGUACGGUUCACUCGGAAAAGCAUCACGGAAGAGCGACGUGUUUAGUUACGGGAUUAUGCUUCUUGAAGUCUUUACUAGAAGGAAGCCAACUGACGCCAUGUUUGAUGCACAGCUAACCUUUAGGCAAUGGGUUUGUCAGGCAUUUCCUGCAGAGCUUGUCCAAAUCAUCGAUGGUCAGCUACUGCAAGGCUCCCCUCUUUCUAGCUGCAGUUUGGAAAAUGGCUCUCUUGCAUCUGUGCUCGAGUUGGGUUUGCUCUGUUGCAGCGACUCGCCUGACCAAAGAACAACGAUGCGUGAUGUGGUCGUGACGUUGAAGAAGAUCAAAGCUGAAUACAUCAAACAGACAGCAACAACAUCACGUAGUGCAACACAAUGA